GUUUGCACCGGGAAGAGGGGGGCCAAGUCGGAGAUAUCUCGGCCAUAUCCACGGCAUUUUCCCUGUAAGGUGGGAGGUCGGCGGGUUGCGGUCAUGCUGUCCCUGGACGAGCCCCUGGACCUGAAGCUCCCUCGGCGGACCAAUGGGCGGGACAGAGGGGCGCGCUCUCCUCCCCUCUCUCCUCUGCACCCCAAGCGAGCUCGCCAGCUCCGCAUGGCGGAUGAUGGCACCGCAGUCAUAGAGCCUGCCUCGCCAGCAUCUCCACACACAGGUGUGCAGGUGGUGCCUCAUGAUCGAACAGACACCCCCACCCCCCCUGCGGUGGACUUGAGCAUGUCUCCCUCCUCCCGCCACACUCCCAGCUCUCCAGAAAUGACCAACGGCAACUACAUCCCCUCAGGGGCCUUUCAGUUUUUUGUGCCAAUCGGAGCUGGGACGGGACUUCACCUGCCAUCCUCCAUGUUUAUUGGCCAGACGAGUGACAAGAGAGCCUCUCCUGACCUCUCAGCAGAUGAACAACUUGCCUGCCGCUGGAAGAAGUGUCAUCUUCUUUUUGACUCCCUGCAAGACCUGGUGGACCAUGUCAACGACUUCCAUGUCAAACCAGAGAAGGAUUCUGGGUACUGCUGCCACUGGGAGGGCUGUGCUCGCAAAGGGAGGGGUUUCAAUGCUCGGUACAAGAUGCUUAUCCACAUCCGCACUCACACUAACGAGAAGCCCCAUCGCUGUCCCACCUGCAACAAGAGCUUCUCACGCCUGGAGAACCUCAAGAUACACAACAGGUCCCACACAGGUGAAAAGCCCUACAUUUGUCCCUACGAGGGUUGCAACAAGCGCUACUCCAACUCCAGUGAUCGCUUCAAGCACACACGCACACACUAUGUGGACAAGCCCUACUACUGCAAGAUGGUGGGCUGCCUGAAGCGCUACACAGACCCCAGUUCUCUCCGCAAGCACAUCAAGGCCCAUGGGCACUUUGUGGCUCAGGAGCAGGGCUCCCCAGGUGGGGUGGGCUCCCUGCUGAGGGGGAGUCAAAGUGGAGUGCUUGCUGGCGAAGGGGGGAAGGAUUCAGAGCUGUCCUAUGUGAGUGCAGCCCACAUUAUCAUCCCAGGGGCAGCGGCUGCUCUCCUGGGAGGCCAUGCUCUGCAAGGUCUGGGCGGUGCCCUACCCCUGUCCCCCCUCAGUCCUCGGCCCCUGGACCUCAGCACGCUGGGUUGCCCCGGCUCACCUCCAGGCAGCCUGGGAGGAACAAGCAUCCUGUCCUUCAACGGCUCCCCGCUGGGCCUGGCCAAACCCCCUCUGCUCUCCUCACCGUUCCCCUCCUCAGCCCUGGGCCUGCCGAUGAUGCCCGUGCUGGGGGCCUCGUCUGAGCACAGGGCCAAGAAGGGCCGGGGGGAGGAGGCUGAGAACGAGGUGACUGGGGGGGUCCUGAACCUCUCCACGGGUUCCCAUGAUCCCUUGUCCUGGGUGGUCAUCCCCCCAGGCACCGUGGUGCUCAAGCCAGCUGUGGUCAACUGAUACACACACACACACACACACACACACACACACACACACACACACACACACACACACACACACACACACACACACACUCACCAGUGGCCUGUCUCUGGGUUCAGGCUGGGCAUUGAAGUGAAUCUCUGCCUGUGAGUGGACGAUCCUGGCGUGUGAUGUCAUCAGAAACAGGUGUUAAGUAGGCUAGACAUGGUUUCCCUGGCAACAGUGAAACCCACAGAUGCAGCGGCUCUCCUCCUCCCGUCUGUCUGUCUCUCCUCUGCAGGUCGAAGCAAGGGACAGAGACUCAGCACGGCAGCAGAAAGUUGAAUAAUACGACACGGAUCCUCACAGGGUCCACAUCUUUUUUCUUCUUUUUUUUUUUCCAAUAUCAAAUAAGCUGUAUGAUCCAUUAACCCUUUGAGCUCAGUCUGUAAUAAACUGCACUUUUGUUCCCCUCAUAGCGUGUGUAGAUAUGGGGAUGCUGCCACAUCCGUUCUCAGUGUACAGCGUUUUUUGUUUUGGGAACCAAGAAUAAUUGUAAAAAUCAUCCUCAGUCGCUAAAAUGUCUGAAAUUAUUGUUUUAUUUUUUUGACAGUAUAAAAGCGGUACUUGCCUCUGGAGAAUUUAAAAUAACCCUUACUUACUGCUUUGAAAAGUGGAACUGAAAUCCAGGGCACAAAAUUUGUGUUAGCUAGCUAGGUCAGUGUCAUUGUAAAAGGGGUGCCAUUGACUGAAGUGCCACAGUGUUGCACAAAGGGUUAAUGAUAAGACUAAGGCCAUGCAAGGCCUGUUCCAAGUUAUGUUUUUUGCACAUUUGUGAGAUUAUGUCAGUAUUUUAAUUUUUCCAAGUGCCUUUUUAUUAUAGGUGAAAUAUAGAAAGUUAUACACUAUAUGAAACAAAAUGAUUAUAUGAAAAUAUAUUUUUUCCUGGCAUCAUGUUCUGUGGUUGAACAUGCAGAAUUUUAGAGUUGUAAAAGUCUCCAAUUGGUACAACAUAGCGGUGUUCUCCUGUUUUAGAGGAAUUUUAUUACGAUAUUGAUAAUAAUGUCAAUGAAAAGAAAAAUGUUUAAUAAAGUUGUAUUUGAUACAA